GGUGAAACCCACUACCGACAGUGUCUUUCGUGUCAAGCAUUAAACAAAGCAAACAGAAGUGAAAGAGAGAAAAAUAAGGGAAGAUUGAGACAGCAACGCAGACAUUCCAAUAAAGGGUGCAAAGAUAAGAAGAACCUGUAAAAACUUAUUCAUUCGCUGUCUCUGCAAUAAAGUGGAAGAAGCAGAAACAGAGAGAGAGAGAGGAGACAGAAUAGCUAAGUUUAUAGAAGGAUAAGAUUUGAUCUCUCUCUCUCUCUCUCUCUCUCUCUCUCUCUCUCUCUCUUCUGUUUAUCUUAUUUGUAUGAAGAAGCAGAUUCCAGGGACACUGUGAAGAGGUUUUUAAAGAUUCUAUUGCAGUUCAUGUUAGAUAUGGGAACUCAUGCAGUUGAUUCCGAGGGUGCGGACUCAGAUAUAUACCUUGCUUUGGGACUCAAAGAAUUUAGUAAAGGGGCUAUUGGAACACCGCCAAUUUUAUCACUACUUUCUUCAGUUCUUGAGAAAUCUGUCCAAAAAAAUGAGAUGCAAUCAGAGACAGUGAGCAUUAAAGAUAACGUUGCACUCUUUCAUGGGUUAAGAGCUCCCACCAUAAGCAUUCAGCAAUAUAUUGAUCGCAUCUUCAACUAUGCUGGCUGCAGUCCUUCAUGCUUUCUUGUUGCCUACAUUUAUGUGGAUAGAUUCGUUCAACAAACUGAUGUGCAUUUGACGUCUCUUAAUGUUCAUAGGCUCCUUAUAACUAGUGUUAUGGUAGCAGCAAAAUUUAUUGAUGAUGCGUUUUUCAACAAUGCAUAUUAUGCCAGAGUGGGAGGGGUAAGCACAGCUGAGUUGAACCGCUUGGAAAUGAAAUUUUUGUUUACUCUAGAUUUCAGACUUAAAGUGAACGUCAAUACAUUUCAGAGAUACUGUGCUCAGCUGCAAAAAGAAUCUUCAGAAUCGCAUCAAAUUGAAUGGCCUAUCCGAGCUUGUGGAAUUAAAGAGAGUUGGCCAAGCAAAAGCAAUACACGAUGUGCUCCUACAAUUGCAAGAUGAAGAUACGAAGUAAUCUCAUUGUAUCAGUACAAUCCCGCAUUACGUUUGAAUAUAAUCAAGUUAGAGAAUUUGGAUGAUGAAUAAUGAUCUGAUUGUAGUUUUAUUGAUGAUUCUUGAAGAAAACAGCAGGCUGCUCACUUGCAUCUUUUUUUUUUUAAUGCCAUUAGCAUGAUUGUUUCCAUCUUUCAUUCUGUUGGUUAUUUUUCAGCGUGCACCUUUGAGGUGCUGCAACUUGUAUUUUUGCUUUUAGUCUCCUCGUGCAAAGGACUUGUUGUAUAUUAAAGAUUUGACUUUGUGGUCAUGAAAAUUAUUUUUCCAUGAUUUGGUCAUAGUUUUCUAAAUGACAUAGCAUUCUCCUCUUCCAUGUUUAUUUGAGAUACAAGUGAAAUCAUCAAAUCAUAUGUAUGGAACUUUGGAUUGUAUUGCAAUUCAAUUCUUAUUAGUUGAUAAGAUGCAUCUUGCAGCAUAAGAAUAGUAGCAGAGCAAUACAGUGUGUGACAAAGGGAAAUCUUGUCAUUAGAUAGGAAUAAUGUAAAUGUAAUUACUAUACAUAAUGAGAUGAGGAGUACAAAAUAUA